UCAAACACCAAACAUUCUGUGAGUUCUAUUAGAAAUUGUUAUGUCCUACAUUUACUUAUUAAUAUUCACAUUAAUAGUUUUGUCAGUGUACGCGAGAUCUACCUCCACCAUUGAGAUGUUAUGUAAAUCAACCAAAAGACUGGAUGGAAAUACAGUCAUAGUCACUGGAGGUACAGCAGGUAUGGGGUUAGAGAUUGCAACGGAUUUUGCAAAGCGAGGUGCUCGAGUGAUAAUCGCUUGUCCAUUCGAGAAAGAAGGUUUAGAAGGGUGUGAAUAUAUAAAGAAAUUAGCAAACAAAGAAGCCAUAUUUAAACUACUUGAUUUAUCUUCAAUCCAGUCUGUAAGAAAAUUUGCAGGUGAAAUAAUUGAAAGUGAAGAAAAAUUACAUAUAUUAGUAAACAAUGCAGGAGUUUAUAUGGCCGACGAGUUUAUUACAGAUGACGGAUUGAACUCUGUAAUGCAAAUUAACUAUUUUGGGCCUUUCCUGCUAACACUAUUGCUGAUACCUCUUUUAAAAAAGACUGGACGAAUCUCGGAACCUUCUCGGAUUGUAAAUGUGACAUCCCAAGCACAUUUUAAAGGGAAAAUUGAUUUUAGAAAGAUGGGUGAUAUAAAAUACUGUUCGUCAUUCCAAAUUUAUGCAAAUAGUAAACUUUGCUUGACACUAUUCACUCGGGAGUUAACCAAAAAGUUAAAAAGGUCCAAUGUAGUGGUCAAUAAUGCAGAUCCAGGAUACGUAGCCACGUUUAUUGUUAAGUUUGAAAACAGAUUUCUUAAAUUUAUGUAUUACUUACUGAUUCAAGUAUUGCGGAUUUCUGGUUUUAAGAGUCCUCUGGUCGGGGCUCAGACUGCUAUUCAUGUGGCGUUAGAUGACGACGUUGGAGCAGUGAGUGGAGAGACGUUUUACAACUGUAAAUUGUCCAAAGCUGCAGUGAUGACUUAUGAUGAAGACUUGGCGCAAAAAUUAUGGGAUGAAUCCAUAAAACUUGUAAAACUAGAAAGAGAAGAACUAUUUGAAGUUUAGACAGAGGUAGAUUUGGUAGACGGUAUGUCUGAUGCAUACUUCUGAUUAAUUUAAUAGAAGUGCUGUCUUUGUGUUAAGAAGCAUCGGGCGUAUUGAAAAAUACUAUAUCGCGCCCGAUGCUACUGUAUCAUGUGAUGUGCUUUAAUGCCUCUGGUGACUUAUGUAUCUCGUGCAGUCAAGUGCGAGAGACCUUAAUAUGUAUAACGAUGUGAUAAUUACGGGUCUCCCCGUUCGGGACGGAUUCUGCUCUGCUGUCUAUAGGUCG